AUGAAAGCUCUCAUUCUCGUCGGUGGCUUUGGCACCCGCCUUCGCCCUCUCACCCUCACUCUCCCCAAGCCCCUGGUCGAAUUCUGCAAUCGGCCCAUGAUUCUCCACCAGAUCGAGGCCCUUGCCGCUGCUGGUGUCACAGAUAUUGUUCUCGCCGUCAACUAUAGGCCCGAGAUAAUGGAGGAGCGCCUUGCUGAGUACGGCAAGGAAUUCGGUGUCAACAUUACCUUCUCGAUCGAGAAUGAGCCCCUCGACACCGCCGGUCCCCUAAAGUUGGCCGAGAAGACUCUCGCUAAGGACGACGAGCCCUUCUUCGUGCUCAACUCUGAUGUCAUCUGCGAUUUCCCCUUCCAGGAGCUCGCCGAGUUCCACAAGAGCCACGGUAAGGAAGGUACCAUCGUGGUCACCAAGGUUGAGGAGCCUUCCAAGUAUGGUGUCGUUGUCCACAAGCCCGGUCAUGCUUCUCUGAUCGACCGCUUCGUCGAGAAGCCCGUUGAGUUCGUCGGUAACCGAAUCAACGCCGGCAUGUACAUUCUCAACACCUCCGUCCUCGACAGGAUCGAGCUCCGCCCUACCUCCAUCGAGAAGGAGGUUUUCCCCGCCAUGGUCAAGGAUGGCGAGCUUCACUCUUUCGACCUCGAGGGCUUCUGGAUGGAUGUUGGUCAGCCCAAGGACUUCCUUACCGGCACCUGCCUGUACCUUUCCUCCCUCACCAAGAAGAACUCGAAGCUCCUCACCCCCCCUUCGGAGUCUUACGUUCACGGCGGAAACGUCUUGAUCGACCCCACCGCCAAGAUCGGCAAGGGCUGCCGCAUUGGUCCUAAUGUGACCAUCGGCCCCGGUGUCGUCGUCGGUGAUGGCGUCAGGCUCCAGCGAUGUGUUCUCCUCCGUGGCUCUAAGGUCAAGGAUCACGCCUGGGUCAAGAGCACCAUUGUUGGCUGGAACAGCACCGUCGGCAAGUGGGCUCGUCUCGAGAACGUCACCGUCCUCGGCGACGAUGUCACCAUUGGUGAUGAGAUAUACGUCAACGGAGGCAGCGUCCUGCCUCACAAGUCGAUUAAGGCCAACGUCGACGUCCCCGCCAUUAUCAUGUAA